GGUGCUGGCCGGACGCCGGUCACGGCUCGUCUGUGGCCAGAGAGUGUGGGUGGGGGCCGGCUUCGGCCCUGCCUUGCGAAGUGACCUUGGCCGAGUCUCUCUGCGGACGCGGCCGGUGAGGAGCGUGCUCCCGGGGCGUGAGGCUGAGGCGCUGACCCGGUACAAGCGGCCCUGACGCCUCGCGUGGCGGGGAGGGGCGAUGCCCCUACACGUGAAGUGGCCGUUCCCCUCGGCGCCGCCGCUGUCCUGGACCCUGGCCAGCAGCGUCGUCAUGGGCCUGGUGGGCACCUACAGCUGCUUCUGGACCAGUGAGUGGGCCCGCCGCCAAGGGGCCGCCCUCGGCCAGAGUUGGGGGCUGGGGCGGGCGUGCCCGUGGGGCGAGCCCUGGGCCCACCCGCAACCCUCUCCCCCAGAGUACAUGAACCACCUUACCGUCCACAACAAGGAGGUGCUGUACGACCUCAUCGAAAACCGGGGCCCCACCACCCCGCUCAUCACCGUCUCCAACCACCAGUCCUGCAUGGACGACCCUCAUCUCUGGGGGAUCCUGAAACUUCGCCACAUCUGGAACCUGAAGUUGAUGCGUUGGACCCCCGCAGCUGCAGACAUCUGCUUCACCAAGGAGCUGCACUCCCAUUUCUUCAGCUUGGGCAAGUGCGUGCCCGUGUGCCGAGGAGACGGUGUCUAUCAGAAGGGGAUGGACUUCAUCUUGGAGAAGCUCAACCAUGGGGACUGGGUGCACAUCUUUCCUGAAGGGAAAGUGAACAUGAGCUCCGAGUUCCUGCGCUUCAAAUGGGGAAUCGGGCGUCUGAUUGCUGAGUGUCGUCUCAACCCCAUCAUUCUUCCACUGUGGCAUGUCGGGAUGAACGACGUCCUUCCUAACAACCCGCCCUACUUCCCCCGCUUCGGCCAGAAGAUCACCGUACUCAUCGGGAAGCCCUUCAGCGCCCUGCCUGUGCUUGAGCGACUCCGGGCAGAGAACAAGUCAGCCGUGGAGAUGCGCAAAGCCCUGACCGACUUCAUUCAGGAGGAGUUCCAGUGCCUGAAGACCCAGGCCGAGCAGCUCCACAACCAUUUGCAGCCCCUGAGAUAGGGGACAAGGAGCCAGCAGCACCCCAGCCUGGGAGGGGCCCAGGCUGGGAAGGAGGCAGUGCCCCGACCCCAGAGCCAGCCAGUUUGGGCUGUGAGUGCUGCCGUCUGGGUUCUCGCCCUAGGCAGAGCCGGGCUGGGCAGGCUCUGAUGCCCUCAGCUCAGUUGGUCUUUAGGCCAGUCCGUAAGCCUUCAUGGGGCCUCUCUCGGUUGGUGAGCUCUCCGGCCCCUGGUGUUCUUCAGUUCUAGAAGGCCUCAGCUGCUCCACCGGCUUUGUCAAGAAGGGGGGAAGUAGCCUAGGCACUGGCCAGCUUCCUUCUUUGGUUCAGGUGUUCUCUUUGAGGGGCUGGCAUUGGGAGGGCAGGUAGCAGGCGGCCAGCUCAGACCUGCAGGAGGGAGCUCAUGAGGCCCCUUGGCCUGGAUCCUGCCUGCCCGUCCGCCCUUACUGAUCUGGAAACAGCUCACCACCUCCUCAGGGAUGGCCGUGAAACAAGUCUUCCUUUCUCCACCUGAGCGUCACGCACAGGAGCCUCAGACAGAGCCGAAUGGCACCUGCAGUGACGGCCACCUCCACCUCUGUCCUUCUGCCUCCCCCGCAG